AUGACGUACAUACGACCUUUGAUACAAUGCUUGAGUCAACAAGGAAUAAGUGUUUCAUUUCAGUCAUCAAACAAUCCAAAAUUACCUGAAGCAUUGCAAAUAAAUAUACAUCGUGUUGGUGCUAUUGUUUUACUCGAUAGCAUUAAUAAUACUUCACCUGACAAUGUAUUAAAAGCUGCUUCCGCAAAACGAUUAUUCGAUUAUUAUGUAUCGUGGUUAUUAAUAGCAUCGAGACCUGAUGAUAUAUCAAUAGAUACACGUCUCCGUAAUCUGACAAUCGGUAUCAAUACAGAAGUUAUAGUUGCGACGUCUUACUAUUCAAAUUAUAAUCAAAGUGACCCAACAAAAUUUUAUAUAAAUAAAACAUGUCAUUCACUGCAUAAUUAUGUUAAAAAAUACAAAUACAAUGAUGUUGAAAUUAAUGAAGAUAUUAAUGAAAAUGUAACAAAAAAUCUCCAUUAUUCUCAACGCGAAAAUACGAGUGUGUGUUUUUACAUUGUUCAUAUUUACAAAAUUAGAAUAACAGACAAUUCUAGUCUUAUUGUAGAUCCUCUGGGGUCAUGGAAUCCUGGUGAAUUAAUGCUUAAGCUUCCGGUGGAUGUCGUGUUACGAAAUAAUUUCAACCGGUUGCCACUUAUAGUUGGCAUACUAAAUGGUACAAAUGAAGACCAGGAUGAAGAGAAUUCGUCAUAUGAUGAGCAGACGACUGAAGAUCGUCCGUUAAAUGAUUUCAUAAAUUUUUUAACCAGCAAUUUAAAUGCUAGUUUAGAGACAGUACUGCACGAAAAAGUCGGAACGAUUACAAACAAAGUUUGGAGUAAUCUUCUUGGCGAUGUUUACAACGGUUAUGUUGAUAUUGGUCUUGGAUACAUCACUGUCAAUGAUGAACGGCGACGGGAUAUGUGUUUUUCACACCCUUUAAUACGAUAUACAAGAAAUAUUUACAUCCGUCCACCGGAAUCCGGAUUCAUGCGCGAUAUUUUUCUUCAGCCUUUUAACAACCGGCUUUUGCUCUGUGUUGCAUUCGUUCAUAUUGUAAUAAUUCUUACUAUCAGUCUAAUAAAUUACAUUACGCGAAAUGUUUUUCGUUACUCCGGAAGAAAAACAACUUUUGGUGAAGCUACACUUUGGUGCACUGGGAUUAUGUGUAUGCAAGGUACACCAUGGAGACCGAAAACUCUAUCAGGCAAAAUGGCACUAUUAGCUAGUCUAACUUUUGCAUUAGUUAUGUACAAUGCGUACGCUGGAUUCAUAACUUCAAUAUUAUCUGUCCAAGCGACUGGUAUUAAAACACUUGAAGAUUUGCUGCAAAAUAAUUUCAAAGUUGGAUACAGUGAUCUCGAUGACGAAUUUAUGAGAAAUACCAACGACAGUAAUUUAAGGCUGUUGUAUAUAAAAGCGUUCAAUGGCCGUGAAUCACGUAUUGAUACAACUCAAGGUCUCCAGAAAGCCGUGAAAGGUGGCUAUGGAUUUUUUGCAAGUGCAACACUGGCUAGAAGAACUCUCAGGACAUCAUUAAUACAGGAACGAUGUUCAUUAAAAGAAAUUGAAGUUGGACAAACAUUUACUAUUGUCGCUUUACCCAUGGAAAAAUUUAGUCCUUAUGAAAAAAUAAUUAAUCUUAGCAUUUUAAGAAUGCGGGAACGUGGUGUUAUUGACAGAAUUGGUGAUCGCAUGUUACCUAACAUGCCUAAAUGUCGCGACCCAACAACAUUCCACAGCGCAAGAAUAGCUGAUGUUUACUCGGCUUUCAUAAUACUUGCUAUUGGUAUCGUAACCGCCGUUUGUAUUGGACUCGCCGAACGUAUGUGGAGCAAAAGAAAAAAGUUCAAAAAUAAAUUAAUUAUGAUCAUUGACAUUUACUUGAAAAAAAAAGACACAAAAAUUAAAAACAGUAAAGAUAAAUCGAACGAUAAUGUGCUUAGUGAUUAUUUAAAUAAUGAUUAUUAUAGUUUUCAUUUCGGAGCUUAUAAACACCGCUUAGGCUAUUCACCGAAAUUAUUGAGGGAAAGGAAAGUAAAUGAUGACGACAAACAGUUGCAGAAAAAACAAAUUAUUUUUCCUUUUAAUAAUUAAAUAUAUUAGUUAAUUAUAAAGUAUACAUUUGGAAAAAAAUGUCCAUAG